GAUGGUGAGGUGCUCGAAGCAUUCAGAAGCCAGUCUAGAGGACCCACGUAUGCACUGUGGUCCCAUUAGCUCUUCCAGGAUUCCUCACAAACUACUCUGGGGCGGACUUGGUGCCACGCUGUUCAUUGUUAUAAUUGCCCUUGGUGUGACUGCACAUCUUGGGCUAAAGCACAAGACACAAUCUUCACUGCAGGUUGCCAGAAUUCCAGAUGAUACAGGUGGAUUUAUCAAUCAGUCUGCACUGAUUGACAAGCUCAACAAUGUAUUGACCUACUCCGUGACUUCACAUGUAAACCACACCUCCACAGUGAUUUUUGAUAUGAGACAUGGAUUGGUAUGCUAUAAACCUGACAACCAGGACAGCUGCUUUCUUCGGCGGAUGGAAACUUUGGAUUAUGAGAAUGUGCAGUCUCAGAUGAAUAAAUCAGAGAAAGAGGUCGGUCAGGUCUGGGUGGUGGGAAAUGAGACUGAAAAACACACUAAGUUUUUGGGAGUGUUGCCCAGCAGUCGUGUUGAUGCUUCCACCCUUCAAGAACCUCUUCAGUCCCUCUGUCAGCAAGCCUCUGUCUACUGGACUAGAAGAUCUGAUGGUCCUGGGAAACAAAGACUUAUUUACUUCUGCAUUGACAUCUGCUUCCCCAGCAACAUUUGUGUCUCAGUGUGUUUCUACUACCUGCCAGAAUGAGAUUUCAUUGACGGUGUACCAGCACAUGCCAGGGAAGCUAAUGUGUUGACAUCAGUGAGAGCAACUGGAGAGGCUGCACAAAUGCCAUCAUUAAUGGCAAUCUGGCAAAGAAGACAGAACCAUCUUGUCACGUUAUCUGCUAAGUGAUUAUCUUCAUCCUCUUUUGUAUUUAGCCCCAUUUUUUCAGUGGUGUUUGAACAUGACUUGGCUCAAAGACUCAAUGACCAGCUUGUAUAUUUUGUAACCUGAUGCAGAUGAGAAAUGCGAAACACUGUGGGUCUACAAUAAAGCACCAUUUUGUUAAGCCAAUGAAAUCUCUGUCCAUUCAAUUCAAUAAUGUCUGUAUAAUAAUAAAAAGGUAAGUGUGUGCAGCUUACGUUACCACACAUUACCAAGAUAUAAUAUUUAUUGACCAAACUUGUGGGUGUAUACAAAAAUGUGUUUUGUUAAUGUACAGUUACACUGGCGAGGAGCAGAAACAAGGUGUAUGUAUCCUAAUAUACUCAUAAGUUUGCUACUUUGAGGUUUACAUUUGAAUGCACAUAGAGUUUAAUACCAUUUAAUACAAUAAAGAUGACCAUGACAUGGCCACUGUUUAAUAGUUGCAGGCGUCAAAUAAAAAGUCCUUGUGUUAUAUCAUUGCAGACUGUGGGAGGACUGCUUACAUACUAUCAAAGCACACCACAGCCUUCUGAUGGCCACUGAACUCCCGUUUGAUCUCCCCUGUCUCCACACACCACAGCCAUGCAAGGUUAUCAUAGGAGGCUGAAAAUCAGUUGAAAAUCUAAGCAAACCUCUGAACAAUCCUUUACAUGAUUCUUCUGAGAGAAAUAUAAGCUUUUUCACCCCUGCUCGCUAUUGUUUUUGAGCCAGGAGGCUGGAAAGACUGGUAGAUAUAUCAUGCCAAGACGCAUGAAAGCUGUGAUUAAAAAUCUGGGUUAUUCCACCAAAUAUUGAUUUAUGAACUCUUCCUAAUUUAAAACAGAAAGAUGAGAAACAUUAGUAUUGGGUUGUUUAAAAAAUUUAUAUGAACUUGUUUUCUUUGCAUUAUUCUAGGUCUGAAAAAACUAUUCUGCAAAUAAAUCCUCUAAAUGACAAUAGAUUUAUUUGGAAUUUGAGAGAAAUGUUGUUAGUACUUUAUAGAAUAAAACAAAAAUUUGAAUUUUACUCAAACAUACCUAUAAACAGUAAAUCCAGAGAAACUGAUAAUUUUGUAGUGGUCUCUAUUUUUUACAGAGCUGUAUGUAUGUAUGUAUGUAUAUUAUAUAUAUAUAUAUAUAUAUAUAUACAUAUAUAUACACACACACAGUAGUUGAA